AUGCCAGCUAAAGAAAAAUAUGGAGCUCAACCUCCUAUUGAAUUAUUAAGAUAAUGGAUGGAUAAUAUGGGAUGGUAUGAUUUACAAGAUAAAACAUGGAAAUUUUUAAAUGAUAUUAUUUUUAUAACUGCUAUGUUACCUCCUACAGGCGGAAGAAAUUCUGUAACAUUGCGAAUCCUGUGUCUAAAUCAAUAGAAAAUUUACGAGAUCAAAUUGUAAAUUCUACAAUCGAAUUAUAUUAAGGAAUUUAAAACUCAAAACAACUAUUACCAACACCUGCAAAAUCCCACUAUAUAUAUAAUUUGA